AUGGACCUUUCAGAACACUAUCCAAGCCAGUCAGCCCUCUUUGAUAGCAAAUUUCUGCUGAGCCAAAGGUAUGGUAUAGGUGGUUUUUUACUUGGAAUUUCAAUCACCGAAAUUGCGAAGAAUGUGGCUUACCGAAUCGGGGUCGACGUUGGUGGUAUCAACACUGAUGCUGCGAUUAUCAACAUCGCAGAUACCACAAGCCCUUCUCGUGGAGUAUAUGCAUCAAGCAAAACUACCACUACCGAGGAUGUGACCACUGGAAUCUAUAUAGUGAUUGAGAAAGUGCCUCCUUUUGCAGAAUUUCCCCCGAUUCUCAAAGAGAUCAUGGGAGGCCCGGUGUUCUAUUUGAAUGGCGAUAAGAAAUCACUUCCAUCAUGGAAAGAAAUGUGGACUCUGCCUCAUCCGACAAUAGGACUGGAAACAGAUGGACGCGAGACUAUGCCUCUUGAUCAUGAUCAAAUAAAAGCGGCGUCAAUCCUCGCCCUGGCGAAACGAACUGCUCGUGCAUUCUGCAGGGCUAAGGUGAAGCUUCGUCUCGACUGUACUUUGUAUCUCACUCAAAAAGAUGGAAAAAUGACCGGUGCCGCUACGGCAGCAGAGCUCCCUGUCAAGACAUUUGCCAGUGGCCCUACGAAUGGCAUGACGGGUGCUGCAUAUUUGGCACAUCUAGAUAGAGGAGCAUCACGCACAAAUCCAGAUACCCAAGUACUCGUAAUCGAUGUGGGUGGCACUACGAGUGACGUUUGUGCGUUGCUUCUCUCUGGGUUUCCUCGACAAGCGCCGAAUUUCGUCGAGGUAGGAGGCGUGUGGACGGCCUUCUCAAUGCCAGAGGUGCUGUCGGUUGGUUUGGGAGGAGGGAGUCGCAUCAAUUUCCAUGAAGAGACAGAUACAUUCAGCGUUGGUCCAGAGUCAGUUGGCCACUAUUUCAUCCAAGAGGCGAUGGUCUUUGGGGGAGACGUGAUGACAGCAACAGACAUUGUGGCUGCGUCUGGAGCAGACAUCGGAGACCGCUCAAAAGUCCAGAAUAUCCCACCACACAUUGUAUCGAAAGCGCGUGCUCAAAUAAAAAAGAUGCUCGAAAGGAUGGUGGAUGUUAUGAACGUUACUGAUUCCUCCGUAACUCUUCUGCUCGUCGGGGGUGCCGUUGCCAAAGUUGCUGGUGAGAUUGACGUUAUAGAAAUCCUAGUGGAUCGAGACGAGAAGACAGUGGUCGAGGCAGCGAAAUGCCAGGCCAUUGAAGCUGCCGUGGCCAGAGGUGCUGACAGAAACGACGCGAAGAGUCGAGACAGGACAUAA